AUGAACCUUAACCUUUGCCAUAAGUUUGAAAGUGUGGAGUCAGCGACGCGGGCGAAAGAGGCGUUACACGGCUGCGACAUAUACUCCGGAUGCUGCACUCUCAAAAUUGAAUAUGCCAAGCCUGAAAGAUUGAACGUGUUCAAAAACGACCAAGACAGUUGGGACUACACAUUAUCUGAAGAUGUCCAGCCAGUGCAGCGAAGCGCCCCGCUUCUCCAGUCACCACAGUACACCGGCGGAAGACCACAGCCAUACAAUGCUUCGCUGAACCAGCCGACGACCAGACCGGCGAGCGAGGACACGUGCAGCCAACACAGCCAGAACUCUUGCGAUCAUGCACAAAAUGAUAUGGAGUUCGGAAGCGGCGGUCCUCCGCCCCCUGGGAUGAAAAUGGAGCGUCAUGGUCCACCGCCGCCUCAUCACCCGCGUGAUGGUCGCGGUUACGGUCCCGAGGGAUAUGGUGGUGAAGGUUUCGUGCCACCGCCGCCCAUGCACCAUCCCUCUAUGCCGCCACAAAAUCAGGGCGGACCACCACAGCAGGGCGCUGUGAUGAUGGUGUAUGGCCUGGACCCACAGACUGCCAACGCGGAUCGUCUCUUCAAUCUCUGCUGCCUCUACGGGAAUGUCGUCAGAAUAAAGUUCCUGAAGACAAAAGAAGGCACGGCCAUGGUUCAGAUGGGUGACGGUGUGUCAGUUGAGAGAUGCGUGCAGAAUCUCAACAAUGUCACAGUUGGCGAUUACACAUUGACACUGGCAUUCUCCAAACAGGCGUACCUGUCCGAAGUGAUGAACCCGUACCCCCUGCCUGACAAGUCGCCCUCGUUCAAGGACUACGUCGGCAACAAGAAUAACCGCUUCCUCACUCCUGCCUCCAUUCACAAGAACAGGAUACAACCGCCUUCCAAGGUGCUCCACUUCUUCAACACGCCUCCAGACGUGUCGGACGACCAGCUGUUGCAGGUCUUCAAGGACUACGGAGUCAUGCCCCCGCACACUAUCUCAAAGUUCCCGCUAAAGAGCGAGAGGUCAUCGUCGGGUCUGAUGGAGUUCCAGAACAUCUCGCAGUCGGUGAUGGCGAUCAUGGCGUGCAACCACGCGACCAUCCAGCACCCAGGUGCAAAAUUCCCGUUCGUAAUGAAAUUGUGUUUCUCGUCGUCACGGCAAAUCGGGCAGGGCAAGGGCCAACAGAAGAAAGACGGCCAGGGCCAGGACUCGAACCCGCGGCAGAACAACGGCAUGCCCGAACACGACUACUAUUUAUAUCCCAAGAUUAAGUCAGAGCCUUACGACCCAUAGACUAGAUGCUGCUUAAGCAAAUUCUUCAGAACAGAAACUUAGAACUGAACUAGUUAAUGGCGAUGUCGGCGAACACACACAAACACAUAUCAAGACGGACUCACACACACAGCCACACGAGAGCGGACGGGGUUGCCAUUUCACAUGAAAACACCCACAA